AUGGUUACUGAAGCCGAAGCCCAGAUCGUCCUGUACGACCUAGCCUGCACGAAGAACAUAUGUUUCUCACCCGCCGUCUGGCGCAUCCGGCUCAUCCUCAAUUACAAGCAAAUCCCCUACAAGACAGUCUUCCUCGAAUUUCCAGACAUCGAGCCUACCCUCAAAGAGCUCGGUAUCCCUCCUAACGAGCAAGCCAAACACAAAUAUACCGUCCCAACCAUCCACCACAUCCCCACCAAUACGUACACCAUGGACUCCCCCACCAUCGCCCGGGUCCUCGAAUCCAAAUACCCAUCCCCACCACUCCCCCUAACUUCUGAACUGGGCCGCCAAAUCGAGGUAAAAGCGCGCGCUGUCGUAGGACCGGCGUUCUACACCUCUCUCGUCCCCCGCGAGAUCCUCAUUCUGUCUCCGCGGUCGCAAGAAUACUUCCGGCGCACGAGAGAGGAAACGUUAGGGCAUCCGAUUGGAGAGCUUAUUGCUGGAAACAAGGAGGAGAAAACUUGGAAAGCGAUUGAAGAGGAUGCACGUGCGGCGGGUGAGUUGAUGCGUACGAAUAAGGAUGAGGGCCCGUUUGUGCUAGGGGCAAGCCCGAGUUUCACGGAUUUCUUUAUUGCCGGAGCGUUGCAGAAUGCGAGGGUCGUAGAUGAGGGGGUGUUUGAUAGAUGCAUGCAGUAUCCAGGGUACAAAGAGGUAUACGAGGCGUGUGGUCCUUGGAUGGGCAAGAAGAGCUGA